GGAGGCGCGGCCUCUCUUCCCCGCCACUUCCGCUUCCGCUCCUCCCCUUCCGCUUCCGCUUUUCCCCUGCGGGCGGCGCUGCUGUCGGCUUCCUAGGUCCUCUCAGUCUGUGGCCUUCUCGGCCCUGCGCCUUCAGCAGCUGCUAGGGCUUCAAGACCUGCGUCCCUUCUGGUCCGGGAAUCGUCUGGCCCGAAGCCGGCCUCGGAGAAGCUGCGGGAGAUGGUGGACCCCCAGGAGUUAGUGACAUUUAAGGAUGUGGCCGUGGACUUCACCUGGGAGGAGUGGGGGCACCUGGAUGCUUUUCAGAAGGAGCUGUACAAGGAUGUAACUCUGGAGAACUAUAGGAACCUGGUGUGCCUGGGACUUGCCGUCUCCAAACCAGAUGUGAUCUCCCAGUUGGAGCAGGGGGAGGCACCUUGGACCCCUGAGAGAGAAGGCCCAAGAUGCAGAUGUGCAGACUGGGAGAUUAGGCCUGAAACUCCAAAACACAACAUUUUUAUGGGUAUAUCAUCCCAAGACAGACCCCUAAGGGAUGGUGCCUGUGUUUCCAAGUUUGGAGAAGCCUGUGAAUAUGAUGCCAAGUUAGAGAGGCAGCAAAGUAAUAAGAAGAAAAAAUCUCAGCAAGUAAUCACCCAAAGGAAUUCUUUGACCACAGUGAGAAGCCAUCCAUGUAAUGAAUAUGGCAGAAACUUAAAUCUAGCCCCUUCUCCACAACUGGGAGAACACACAGUAAAGAAUCUCCAUAAAUGUGACAAACACAUUAAGAGCUUCAGACUAAAUUCAGACCCAAGCAAAUGCAACAGAAACUCCUCAAAGAUGGCGUUUUCUAAGCACAGUGAAUAUGAGAAAUUCUUCAGUUGUAAUUCUGAUGUUAUUGAAUGUCACAGAAUUUGUACUGAAGAGAAACUUCAUGAAUAUAGUGAAUGUGGGAGCACCAUAUGCCACAGUUCAUCCAUUAUUUCUUAUCAGAGAAUUCAAUCUGGAAAGAAACUUUAUGAGUGUGAUAAAUGGGGAAAGACCUUUCCCCAGAACAUUAAACUUCUGGAACAUCAGACAACUCAUACUAGAAAAGAAGUCUAUAAAUGUAAUGAGUGUGGGAAGGCCUUUGGCCAGAGUGCACAUCUUGCUCGACAUGAGAGAAGUCAUUCUGGAGAGAAACCUUAUGGGUGUAAUCAGUGUUGGAAGGCCUUCAGCCGGCGGUCACAUCUCAUUGAACAUCAGAGAACGCACACGGGAGAGAAACCUUAUGAAUGUAAUCAAUGUGGGAAGGCCUUCGUCCGAGGCACACAUCUUACUUUACACCAGAGAACACAUAAUGGGGAGAAACCUUACGAGUGUCACGAAUGUGGAAAGGCCUUUCCCCAGAGCAUACAGCUUCUUGGACACCAGAGAAUCCAUACUGGAGAGAAACCUUAUGAAUGUAAUUACUGUGGGAAAACUUUUAGACAUAGCUCAUCCCUCAGUUCCCAUCACAGAAUUCAUACUGGAGAGAAACCUUAUGAAUGUAAUGAAUGUGGGAAGGCUUUUAAACACAGCUCUUCCCUUACUUACCAUCACAGGAUCCAUACUGGAGAAAAACCAUAUAUAUGUAACGAAUGUGGGAGGGCCUUCCCCCAGAACAUACAACUUAUUGAACAUCAGAGAAUUCAUACAGGAGAGAAGCCUUAUGAAUGUUGCGAAUGUGGGAAGACUUUUAGCCGGAGGACACAGCUUACUCGACAUCAGAGAAUUCACACUGGAGACAAACCUUAUGAAUGUAAUCAGUGUGGGAAAGCCUUUUGUCAGAAGGCCCAGCUUAGUAAACAUCAACGAGUUCACACUCAAGAGAAACCGUAUGAAUGUAACGAAUGUGGAAAGGCUUUUAGAUAUACCUCUUCACUGACAUCUCAUCACAGGAUUCAUACUGGCGAGAAGCCUUAUCAGUGCAAGGAAUGUGGGAUGACCUUUGGUUGGAACACACAGCUUAGUAAACACCAACGAAUUCAUACUGGAGAAAAAUAGGUAUUCUCUACCUAAUGUUCUCUGCUUCCACCAGAAACAGAAGCUAGGACCCUGUCUUUUUUUAUGCCCACUCAUAUUUUAGAGAUAGAAUAUUAGAGUAGUAAUAUUGCUUAGGUAAAGGACCUUAGAUUCAUUUUACAAACCAAGAAUGAGGUUUAGAACAGCCAAGGGCACAUAGAAAGGACACAGUGGUUUUUGACUGUCUUACUCUGAUUGGGAGGUAUUAAGUCCUUUAGCCAGUCAUCUUUAGACAUUCAUGUCUCAUUGUGGUGACUCUGCCAACAGAUUUGUUCCUUGGCCCUAGAAACUGUUGGUUUUCCUAUUGCCUCACUGCCAUGACUUUGCUCUUCUGAAUGUGAAUAAUAAUAAUUAACAUUUAGAUUUGAAUUAAUGUUUACAAAAUGUUUUACAAGCAUUUUGUCAUUUUAUCCUCACAACCAACCUGGAUGGAAGGUGUUAUUAUGGUCCUCAUUUAAUAGGUGAGGAGACUGAGGCAGACAGAGGUUAAUUGAUUUGCCCAGGAUCACACAUGUUAUAAAUUUGAAAGCUGGAUUUGUGUCUCUUCCAUUGUCCACGGUUAAUCAAAGCUUAGUUUCUAGUUACUAAAAUCCCUCCUGACCUCAAGGAGCACAAAAUCCUUUUAUCAUUUCAUCAGGCCUUUCCACAAGAUAACACUCCAGCUAUUCACCUGACACUUAAAUAGCUUUUAAUUUUUAUAAAAAUAGCUUUUGAUUUUUUAAAAAUACAUGCAAAUGUAUUCCAGCAUUCUCCCUUGCAAAAUCUGUGUUUCAAAACUCUCCCUUUCUCCAGAUAGCAAUCUAAUAUAGAUUAAACAUAUACAGUUCUUCUAAACU